AAAAUGUUGCAUGUUGCGUUCUAUUUUUGUUCAGUAUAUUUUCUUUAUGGGAGGGACCUGCCAUCCUGCCAUAACCCAGCUACGUUUGGAAGCACAACCACUGAGUCAUGGUUUCUGUAGGUAAGGCAUGAACUUGUACACAAGAGAAAGACCUGUUAUUUCCUAUCUGUCAUUAAUGUGAAUCACUGAGCGGUGACCGCGCUAUCACCGGCUGUAUUGCGCUCCAAUGAGCGCCGAGGGACGCCUGUUUCCUCACUUCCUCUGCUGUUCUGACAGGAUUUGGCCCGAUCCAACCCGUGAGUAGCCAUUUUGGUCCCACCUAAAACACUAGCCUCAUUCGGAAUCGGAGAUGGAAGAAAUUGAGCCGACAGCGAGUCAGAAAGAUAAACGCUAUUGAAACUCAGGAAUACAGACGGACAGGACAUCAAGGCACACAAGGAUUGCGUAACAAAAAGGAGCGAUUUUGGGACCGGUGACAACAACCAUCUGCCGCCCCCUCUGUCCGAGUGCUAUUCUAGCCUAGAUUGGAGCCAGUCUCUGAUAAUUACUUAAAUUUAAGAGGCCAUGUAUGGCAUUUUUCGAAUAAAAAUAUAGCUUAUCAACCUUCGUUUUCAAUAUAAAUGACUAUAGGCCGAGUGAGCGUUAUAGGGAAAUAGAUGUCAUCAUCACACGUUUUCUACGUCCUCGGGACACCUUGAGACACAUUUGGAUUGGAUGGACCGAUGUUGAGACAGUAUCCAGAAUCCAUGGUUUUGGUCCAGAAGCAAGAGUACAAUCACCACCGUUGUAUUGCCAAAGAAGGUGCAGAAUUGAAUCAUCCGGGAAAUAGAGACAACAUUCAUCGAGAAUAAAAUGUCAACAAAAACUCCACUACCUACGGUCAAUGAGAAAGAGGCGGAAAGCCAUACGUCUCACAGCAAUGGGCGCCAGGAGGUCACCACGCGCUCCGUCCGCUCGGGAGUCCGCACCCGAAACUCUGGUGCCGACGAGCAGCCUCAUGUGGGGAACUAUCGGCUCCUGAAGACCAUUGGGAAGGGUAACUUCGCCAAGGUCAAGCUGGCCCGCCAUAUCCUCACUGGCAGAGAGGUGGCAAUAAAGAUCAUCGACAAGACACAACUAAACCCAAACAGCCUUCAAAAGCUCUUCAGAGAAGUAAGAAUAAUGAAGCUUUUAAACCACCCAAAUAUAGUCAAGUUGUUUGAGGUGAUCGAGACAGAGAGGACACUGUACCUGGUGAUGGAGUAUGCCAGUGGAGGAGAGGUCUUUGACUACCUUGUUGCACACGGAAGGAUGAAAGAAAAAGAGGCCAGGGCUAAAUUUAGACAGAUCGUAUCUGCUGUGCAGUACUGCCACCAGAAGCACAUUGUCCAUAGAGACCUGAAGGCAGAGAACCUGCUGCUGGAUGCAGACAUGAACAUUAAGAUAGCAGACUUUGGUUUCAGUAAUGAGUUCACCCUGGGGAACAAGCUGGACACGUUCUGUGGCUCCCCACCCUACGCCGCCCCAGAGCUGUUCCAGGGGAAGAAGUACGACGGGCCCGAGGUGGACGUCUGGAGCCUAGGGGUCAUCCUUUACACACUGGUCAGCGGCUCGCUGCCCUUCGAUGGGCAGAACCUCAAGGAGCUUCGGGAGCGGGUUCUGAGGGGGAAAUAUCGUAUUCCCUUCUACAUGUCCACAGACUGCGAGAACCUUCUCAAGCGCUUCCUGGUGCUCAACCCGGCCAAGCGGGGGACUUUCGAGGUGAGGGACGACAGCGAAAAUCAAAUCAUGAAGGACCGCUGGAUCAACGUGGGAUCGGAGGAGGACGAGCUUACGGCUUUUGUAGAACCAGAACAGGACAUCACGGAUCAGAAGAGAAUAGAUGUAAUGGUGGGGAUGGGCUUCUCUCCAGAGGACAUCCAGGAGUCUCUGGCCAAGAUGAAGUAUGAUGAGAUUACUGCCACCUACCUGCUGCUGGGGAGGAAGUCUUCUGAGCUGGAGCCCAGUGAGUCAACCUCCAGUAGCAACCUGUCCCUGGCUAAGCCCCGGCCCACCAGCGAGCUCAAUGGCCAGUCUCCCUCCCACCUCAAAGUCCAGAGGAGCAUCUCCUCCAACCAGAAACAGAGACGCUAUAGUGACCAGGUGGGUCAGAAUGUUCCCCAAGGGUCCGGAUACCCCAAGAGGAGCCAGACCAGCACGGUCGAAAACAACAUCAAAGAGGAGGGAGGGGUGCAGCUCCGCAAACCCAAUACCCCCGGGGGGCGCAGUGUCCCCCCCUCCAGCCCCCUGCUGGGGAACGCCAACAACCCCAACAAGGCUGAUAUUCCCAAUGGCAAGAAGGGUGCUAACCCCGUCUCCAACAAUAACACUGGCUCUGGCGGGAUGACGAGGAGAAAUACGUACGUGUGCAGCGACAAGAACGCUACGGACCGUCUCUCUGUCAUUCCCAAUGGGAAGGAGAAAAGUGUGGCCGUUUCUCCUGGCCAGCGGAACCCUGUGGUGUCCACCCACAGCAUCACCAGCGCCACCACGCCCGACAGACUACGUUUCCCACGAGGCACAGCGAGCCGCAGCACCUUCCACGGCGGCCAGCUGAGGGAGCACCGCACGGCCACCUACAAUGGGCCCCCAGCCUCACCCACACUGUCCGACGACGACGCGCGCCUUACCCAGACUCGCAGCCGCGGCUCCAGCAACCUCUUCUCCAAACUCACCUCCAAACUCACACGCAGAAACAUGUCAUUCAGGUUUACCAAAAGAGUCUCAACCGAGUUUGAGAGAAACGGGAGAUUUGAGGGCUCAAGUCGCAAUGUACCUGGGGAUCAGAAAGGGGAAAAUAAAGACAGUAAACCCCGCUCCCUUAGAUUCACUUGGAGUAUGAGGACCACCAGCUCCAUGGAGCCUUGCGACAUCAUGGAAGAGAUACGCAAGGUGCUCAACGCCAACAACUGCGAUUUUGAACAGCAAGAGUGUUUCCUGCUGCUCUGUGUCCAUGGUGAUGGACAUGCUGAGAACCUUGUCCAAUGGGAGAUGGAGGUGUGCAAGCUGCCCCGCCUCUCCCUCAAUGGCGUGAGAUUCAAGAGGAUAUCAGGCUCAUCCAUCACUUUUAAAAACAUUGCAUCCAAAGUCGCCGACGAGUUAAAGCUAUGAACAAAAAGGGCAGAACUAUGUCUAGAAAGUAUUUAAGCUGUACAAUCAUUAAAGUAGCAGUUUCCAUUUUUUUUCUCCACAAAAUACAGUAUGUAUUGAAUGAUAAAAUGCCAAAAGCAUUCCUAUACAAUAAUCACUGAAUUACUAAUAGCUACAGUAUAUAAUCUGGUCAUGUUAGACCAUCAUAACAAAUUGAAUAUAGUUGGUCAUGCUGUGAAAAUGGACAAAGCUGUCUUUAUUUAUUUCAUUAAAGUUAACCUUGUUUUCAGUGUAAAUAUUGUAUCUUACUUUCAAGACAGCAACACAUUGUUAUACUCAGUUUGUUUUAUAUAUUGUUUGAAUUUAGGUGGAAUUUAUGUAAAUGCUCAUUAGGUAAGAACACCAGUGUCAAUAAAAAUGUCAACUUGA